GGAGUACAGCGCAUAUGCAGCGCAUUACAGCCUGUUACAGCGAGUACAGCUGUGGAGUACAGCUGAUCCGUUAACAAAAGCAUAAAAUAUUGCUCCUCCAGUAUGGUUUUAUAAAUAAUGAAAACGAUUUAAAAGAAAAUGAGGUAUUUAUUAAUUAUUGUAAAGAAGUAGUAGUUCUUUCGUAACUUUUUGGUUUAAACCAAAAAGUUUUUUUUUCUCCGUAACCUCAAUACGAAUAUCCGUUUAAAAAUGAGUGAAAUGCGAAGAGGUCCUGGUCCUGUGCCUAAUCGAUGGUUGCAUUGUCCAAGAAAAGCAAACGAAUUGAUUAUGGCGAAGUUUAUGGCAUUCAAGACGCCCCUUAGCGCAGAUUUUGAUACGCAAGUUCCUCCUGAUUGUAGAUUUCAUCCUAAGAUGUUUUUCGAUAUUUGUAAAAUGAAAAAGAUUAAGAUUGGUCUCUGGAUAGAUUUAACAUUUACAAGUAGAUUUUAUAACAAAGCAGAAAUUGAAGAAUAUGGUUGUAAAUAUGUUAAACUCCAAUGUAGGGGUCACGGUGAAACUCCUUCUAAAGAACAAACACAUGUAUUUAUCGAAUUAGUGCAUAAAUUUAUUUCACAAAAUCCAUUAGAAUGUAUAGGAGUGCAUUGCACUCAUGGUUUUAAUAGAACUGGAUUUCUUAUUACUAGUUAUUUAAUAGAAAAAAUGGACUGCAGUUUAGAUUUAGCAUUACAAAUGUUUGCUAAAGCAAGGCCUGUAGGUAUUUAUAAACAAGAUUACAUAAUGGAAUUGUAUAAGCGUUACGGUGAUGUUGAAGACAUGCCUCCAGCACCAGAUCUUCCCAAUUGGUGUUCAGAAAGUGAUGAUACAAAUAGUACUGAUCAUUCUAAUGGAAAUUAUGAACCGCUUGCUUCAACAUCUUCUCAUAGUUCUGCAUCGGAAAAUGUUCCAUUUUUACCGGGAGUUAAGGGCGUCUAUCAUUUCGACGAGCAACCGAAAAAAACACAAAUACAGAAAAAAGUCCAGCUAAUGUGCGGUUGGAAGAACAAAGGUUUCCCAGGCUCGCAACCCGUGUCAAUGGACAGUGAAAACCUCGCUUUGCUGCAUCAGAUGCCGUAUCGAGUGUCGUGGAAGGCUGACGGUACAAGAUACAUGAUGCUGAUCGAUGGAGAAGACCAAGUAUAUCUGUUUGAUAGGGAUUUCAGAGUUUUUAAAGUAAAGAAUCUUAGAUUUCUACAUCGUAAGAACUUAAAUACGCAUUUAAGAAAUACAUUGUUGGAAGGGGAAAUGGUAAUUGAUAAAGUCGAUGGGAAAGAUAUUCCCCGAUACCUAGCUUAUGAUAUUAUAAAGUUUGAGGAUCAAGAUGUGGGAAAAUAUCCGUUCUACCCUACAAGACUUCAGAUUUUGGAGUCGGACAUUAUUAAACCUCGGUACAUUGCUAUGGAACAGUUGAUAAUUAACAAAACUUUGGAACCAUUCAGCGUACGGAAAAAAGACUUUUGGCCGAUCUCACAAGCUGCGAGCUUAUUGGGCGAAAAAUUUGCAAAGAGUUUGAGUCACGAGCCUGAUGGACUGAUUUUUCAGCCUUCUGAUGAGCCUUACGUCGCAGGUCGAUGUGACAAUGUGCUGAAAUGGAAGCCUCUAGAUCUUAAUUCGAUCGAUUUUCGAUUACGCAUAGUUACAGAAGGAGGGACAGGGAUCGUAAGUAAAAAAGUUGGCCAUCUUUAUCUUGGUCAGUACGAUCAACGAAUCGCCAAAAUGGACUAUACAAAAGCUUUAAAAGACUUGGAUGGUAAAAUUAUCGAAUGCAAAUUAGAAAAUAACAAAUGGAAAUUUAUGAGAGAACGGACUGAUAAAACAUUUCCGAACAGUUAUAACACGGCUAUGGGUGUGAUGAAGAGUAUACAAACGCCUGUGACUAAAGAGAUUCUUCUUAAUUUUAUUGAACAACAUGGAUUUAAAGAUGACAGUGAACUCAUGCCGCAUCCAUCAAAGCGGAUCCGAAGUUGAUAAUUCUCAAUCAAUUUUUAGGGUUGGAUAAUAAAAUAAGCCUUUAUUUAUAAAUUAAUAUGUAUUAAAAUAACUUUUUUAACAUUAAAUACAUCAUAUGGAGCAG